GCGGAUGGACGACGGAAAGAGGGACGACAUUUAGGACGCCCUCGAUGAGGAGGACGGCCACAAGGGUGGGGCCAGGGAGUGGGGGUGGCAGACGAGGCAGACGAGGCAGUCAGAGAGCCUGACCUGCCAGGGGAGGAGGUGGUGAUGACGUCGAGAGGCGUCGGUCGAGCGGGUCCCACUCCCAGGGCGCCGCGACCUGAGUUGGAUCGCGCUAGGAGGGAGAAGAGGGGAGUGGGGGAGGCUGACGUCGAGGUGCGAGACACGGGCAGGGAGAAGUGGGCUCGGCAGACGACGAUUGACGAGAUGUACGCCAAGGAGAAGUUGGCCGAGUUCACAAACGCGUGGCUGCAGUGGAUCUACGCGAAUGGGUUGCCAUUCAACGCCUUCCGUGGUCCGGAAUUCCAGAGGGUGCCGCAGGCGGCAGAGAGAGUGCCUCGCACUGUCCAGUUCCGGUUUCCCUCCUUUAGGGUUACAGCGGGCGCCGGUAUCCCUUCGCAGAGGGCGAAGGUGGCGACGACGGUGAGCGUGGUGUGCGUCGCUUUCCGGCACAGCGGUGCCACCAUCCUCUCCGACGGGAGGAAGUCACGCAGCGGCAAGCCGCUCGUGAACUUCCUCGUCGGAGGCGCCAGUGGCGCCCUGCUAUACGCCACCAUCGGACGUGACGGGUCGGUCCGAGACACAAUGGACAUCGUGUACCGUAGGUGGCGGGCCAUCAUCUUGUCCUUUCCUCCAAAGGACGUGAUCGGCUUCUGCACAGACUCCGCCAGUAACUAUACGGCGGCAGCGCGCAGAUUCUCCACUGACCCCGAGCCCAACAUUAGGAGGAUCACUUGGCUCCCCUGCUCCACCCAUGUCUGCAACUUGAUGUUGUCAGAUAUCGGAACGCGAGUGGGGUGGGUCAAGGACACCAUCAUCCGCGCUCGAGCGCUUGUGCGACUUAUUAAAUUGCACGGCGCUGGUCACACCCUGUUUAGGAAGGUGAACCCUCGCGUUCAGCUCGUCGAGCCCGUUGAGACACGGUUUGCAUCGGUUUUCCUGAUGCUGUCGUGUCUCAAAGGCCGACGAGACGCGUUGGAGAGCAUGCUGCACGGGGAUGCUUGGGCACGCAUCCCGUGGGAGCGCAGGCAUCAUGUGCAAGAGUUGAUGAGGAGGGUCGACGUGCCGGAGGACAUGAUCGAGCCGUGCGUGCGUGAGGUUGCCAUCCACAACCUCCACAUGCUAGAGCCCGCACAUGCCGCGGCCCACCUCCUCAACCCUCGUCAACGGUCCCUCACGUAUUACCAUUCGUUAGAAACGACCGCGGACGACGCCCGUGUGGUCGAGGAGUGCGACAGAUUUCUGCUGGYKCAGACCGGCSGUGAUUUGGUCGGCAGACUGUACAGGACCAUGAGGGACCAGAUGAGGGACUUCCACUCGAUGCGAGGGGAUUGGGGAGAUCGGUCCCUCUCCGAUGCCGAGGCGGACGAUUGCAAGGGGGACCGCGAGACCGAGCGAUGUACAGCGUGGUGGCUUGACCAUGGACGGGCCCACCCGGAGUUGCGCACCAUCUUCAUCCGUGUCAUGCACUUGUGGAUGUCUGCCUCUCCAAUGGAGAGGAACUGGGCGCAGCACGAGCGCAUCAACACGGCGAGGCGCUGCAAGCUUGGGUUUGCCAAGCUUGCACAGCUGGUUGAGAUUGCCACCAACCUCAAACUGGCCUCGUGCGCAUGGCAGGGUGGUGGCUACGUAUUGCCAUGGGUUAUGGGGACCGGUCGAGAGGGGACGGCGGUAGAGGACGAGGAUGAGGAGGGAGACGUGAAGCCCGAGGUGUGGGGAGCGCGACCUGCAGGCAGUGUUCCUGAGCAGAAGAUCCAGCGGCAGAUUGUCGCUUUCCAUGACAGCCGACCGUCCAGAGCCCAUUCGGUUCGGGACGUGUUCGGCAAGAGGGCGACGGAGCUGCGACCGUGGGGAGAGGGCGGGGAUGAUGCGGACGCUGCUGCGGCUGACAACGACAUCGACGACGAGUGGGCAAACGAUGAUGACACGCCGCUGAGUGGCCACCCGACGGCUGAGCGGGUGUACUUCACCUACGGUGGGGGACGUGACGGCAUGGAUUCAUUGACAUCAGUUAUCAUUGGUGGUGUGCCGUCGACCGCACAGGCGAGUUGCAGCAGCAGGGCCGGUGGUGGUCGUGGAGGACGUUCGCAUGCGGAGGUCGGCGUCGACGACUUGGGGGAGCAGCAGCCACUGGGACGUCUUCGGCAGACAGGCAGGUGUUGGGAGGUUAGGAGCGACAGCGAGGCCGAGGAGGAGGCCGAGGAUGAGCGGGUGCCCUUUCACGAUCGUCGCUUCUCUCCCUCCCAUCAUCGGAGCAGUGCACAACCCGAGGCACUUAGGCGUUCGGAGGGGUUGGCGUCGGCAGCAGGCAGAGAGCGGACACAUGACGGCGAGGAUCGUGGGGGGGAGAGGACUCCUUCCGACGCCGGUAUCCGGCCCCGCUCGCCGUCGGAGCUCCGCACACACGACUUUGACGUCGGAGGGCUUGGUGGGGGCUUGGGAGAUUUCGAUGUCGAGGGACGUCGACGUGCCUCACCGUCGGAGGUGCGCACCGACGCGGACGAUGUGCGGGGCCCUGUUGAGACAGAGGAGGAGAGGGAUGCCCGUUUGGGCCGAGAGGAGGAGGAGCGGCUGGGGAGUUUGCCACGAUGGGAGGGUCGGUUCGCGUAUCUUGACGAGCAGCGUCGGCAGAGGGGUUUGGAGACAGGAGGGGGGGGAGGCCGUGACGACGACGACUCGAGUGUCCUUGAGGAGGCAGUUCAGGGGGAGUUCGAUGAUGAGGGACAGGAUGCCGCCGCGGGUAGUGGGUCAGGUGGUGGACGCUGCGGCGACGGGGAGACCGCGGGUGAUGAGGGGCAGGAUGUUGUCGUGGGCGGUGGGUCCCGUCGUGGGGGGCGUGCCGUGUGUGGCAGGGGAGAGGGUGGACCCGGUGGAGAUGGGGACACCGCGGGUGUCGGAGGAGACGAUGGACCGGACGGAGAUAAUGACGAUGACCACGGUCCCGAGGACGAUGCAUAUAGGCUCGCCUUGGUGUUGAGGGACCCCACAAUACCUCCCUUGCGCCCUGACGACUCAGCGCACACUUUCUUCGACGUCGAUGCUUUGGCGCAAGCGUUGACGGAUGACCCUUUCACACACAUGGGUCGCGUGAGCGGCAAGAGGCGGGCCCCUGGGAGGGUGUAUUCACCGCCGCCGUUCGUGGUGCAAAGCCCUCGAUGGUCGGGUUCGUUGCUCAGCGGCGUGAGAGGGAGGGAGUCCGGAGCGGGUGAGGUGGGGUCCGGCAGACGCAGCGACGGCGGCAGAGACAGUGCAGGAUCGAUGCCUCCACCGCCUGCACGGACUCCGGAGGCUGUGGUCGACGCCGGGGACCAGACGGCGGCACCCGGAGUUGCGCACAGUGGCAGUUCCCCGUCGACAGUCCAAGGUGGUGUGGGUGAAGGAUGGUCAGCUGUUUGUCGGGUCGAGGACCGGUUGCGGGUGGAUUACGACGUCGGGAGGGGCGUCUUCUCAGGACGUACGCCAGUUUAGACGCAGGCUGCGGAGGGUGGGUCAAGACGUCUGAGCCUGCAGAUGGCAGGCCGCAUGCUCGGUUUGUCACGAGCGG